AUGAAAUCCAAGAAGAAGAAGAGACAAGAUGACUUCCAAAAGGUGAAGUUAAAAGUGGGAAAGAAGAAGCCGAGAGCAGAUAAUGCCACCAAUACAAACUUUCGCACCAAGGGAAUAUAUCUCACCGAACAGCUGAAGAGAGACACCAGUGGUCCCACCACAAACAGGCAGCUUGGCAUCAAUGACUUGUUGUCGCAGCUCCAUCAUUACAAUGCUAAUGUGAAGCACAGUGCCUUGCUGGGUUUAAAGGAGCUACUGUCGACGAAUCCUUCUCUUUUAGAACAGCAUUUGUCACGUUUGUUGUCAGAAGUGGCUGCUGUGUUCACAGACAAGGAUGCCAAUGUUCGUGUGACAGCCACUCGAGUGCUCAGGUAUAUUGCCCAGUCUGUACCUGCGGAACGAGUGGCUCCAUUUUUUCCCCUCCUCAGUGCCCACCUAUGUUGCGCCAUGACUCACAUUGAGUUGAGCAUUCAAGAAGAUGCCAUGAAGGUCCUGGAUGUGCUGCUGGAGCACUACCCCCAGCUGCUUGCCGCACGGCCCGCCGUGCUCCUCACCAACUUCCUGGAAUUAAUCUCUCACAGACAGAACGGAGCUAAAAAAGAGCCGGAGGGCAAGGGACGUACAUGGGCUCUUUCUGUCAACCCUAGGAGGACCGUGACCAGCCAACAGUGGCGCCUCUCAGUGCUGCUCAGACUUGGACGCUUUCUUCAAGCAGUAGUUGAGGAAAGACCAGUAGAAGAAGGUGGCAUAUCAGUGCCAUCUGACGGAGUGUUUGGUUCAAGUGGCAAGAGCAGGAUUACACCUUUGAUUAUCACCUGGGAAGAGCUCAUGAACAGUAAGACUGGAGUUAAAGUGUAUGAGCACUCUGGGAGCAAACCAAGUCCUCACUCAACAUUUAAGCUCCGACCAGAUUCAGAUCACCCAGGUGAAGCAUGUGAAGGUUUAGACUCUGCAGAGGCUGUGCAAAGCUUUGCGUCCACACUGGUUCCACUUUUGCUGGAGGUGUGGGUGGAGGCCAGCACCAGCGACUCUCCCUGGAACAACUCUGAUGCUGGUCACCUGGUGAGCCCAGAUGCCAUGUCAGUAAUGUUCCAGGUGUUAUCCAUUCUUCAAUUGCUCCGAAAACUGGCACCACGGCCGGAGCACCAAGAUGCACUGGAUGCUUGGUUUCGCAAAGAAUAUUUGGGAGAUUUUAAGCAGCACUUCUUGAAAAACUUUCCCUACAGUCUUCAUGAUAUAGCCAAAACCAAAAAGAGAGUUAAUAAUAAGAGGGGCAAGCAGACUGCAGCUGUCCCCGAUGUGACCGUGGAUCCUCUGGCUCUAAACAUCACACUUUGCCAGGUGAUGGUGUCUCUGAGUCAGAGGCAGGGAAUCGACCGAGAGGUGGAUGGAGACUGGCUGACGCCCCUGAGGACGUUCGUGCGAGACACGCUCAGUGGCGAAGUGAAACUCAGCUACAGGCAGCUGCACAUGCUUCUUGGCACUGUGUGGAAAAUGGUGCUCACACAAAAAAGCAAAAUAGUGACAGAAGACCUAUUGGCAGCAGUGUACUCACAUUAUCAACAGAGAAACCUGACUCUGCAGACCAGAUCUCUUCUGCUGUCUUUCUACAGCAAGAUCUACUUGCAGGAGCAGGGGCAUUCACACAUCACCAGGAGCAAAGUGCUUUGUCGCUGGCUGGCAUAUCUUCCUGUGCAGUUGUCACAACUGGGCUACCGCAAUCCUGCUCUGUCCGCACUGCUCAUCCAGUCCAUCCAGGCUGCUGCUUCUCGAGGGAACAAAGACCUGCUCAGCAGUCUACAAGCGCACGCCUGCAAUCUUUACGACCCACAAGAAGGUGCUGUGGUUCUUCUGCCGACAGAAUGCCAGCAAAGAAUGGUGCAGCUGCUCUACUUCCUACCCAAGAUGUCCCGUGCUCUCUUGGCCAAUCUGAGCUUCUGUUGCAGCAACGGACGAAUCUCUGCUGGCCUUGCUGCCUCUCUUAUUCGUAUUAUACACCUGAGGUCAUCACUAAGUGGAUGGUCAGUCGGAAACCAGGAAGCGGCCUUACAGGAUGUGGACUACAUCAGCUUCCUGUUCUCCACCCUUACCGGCUUCUCGUGUGACCAACUCGCCUCCCUGCAGGAGGCUGGCGACACCAAAGUGGUGACCCCCACCCCUCUGUCGCCCCUUAUGCUUCACUGCACCCCGUUGGAUCACUUCACGCACCACUGGGACAUUGUGGAGGAAGUGUGUCAGCGUCUGGAAACUCUGGGUUCAAAUGCUCAGUGCUUUGACAUCUUGCAAAAUGGAAUCUUUGAAUACAUGACCAAGCUGCGCGUGGUGCCCGAUAGCAUGGCGGCCGGCCUCCUUGUAGCCGUUUCCAGGCUAAUGGACAUGUCCAUCCUGCCCGUUGAGCCAGUCUUACGCUUGUUGUCGCGGUGCUGCCUCAGCCUUCUGACCUUGCUCGUCACUCAACAUCAGGAGGAGGAGGCGGCAGAGCAAGACCAGCACAAAAGAGAGGCCAUUUGGGGCGCGUGCGUGGCAUCACUGAGUACCGUGCCCCGCCUGCUGAGGAUGGUGCUGCAGCUGCGCGUUGGCGAUCUGAGCCAGGAGGAGCUGCCCCAACUGGGGCAGAUUUUGUCCAUGCUGAUGCAGCACACGCCGCUGCAACACCAGCUCGUGGCCAACACGAGUGCGCUGCAAGAACUCGUCCAACAUCUCACGAGGUACUCCCGAGGCGUGACCAGGCAGCAAUGGCUGACCGACUUGCUGUACUGUUACAGCAUCACCGUGGCACACGGCUCGUCGUCCCACCGUGGAAACCUCCGAGAUAUGUACUGA